CAAUCGGACUACAGUGCUGUUGGAGGAAGGGAACCGGACAAAUCACCCCGUCGUCUCGUCCCGUAGUCACUCGCAGAGUCGCAGUCGCAGCCCCUGCGCCCACCGGGAUCGUGAUGGAGAGCUGGGUCCGCGCGGUGGUGGAGGCCAUCCACUCCUCUCGCUCCCAGACAGUCAUCUACCUCGCCGGCGGUGCAUCCCAGGCGCUCGGUUGGCUCCUCUCCGUGCCCGGCGCUUCGGGCACCGUCCUCGAGGUCGUCGUGCCCUACUCUAGGGCCUCCAUGGCGCAGCUCCUUGGCAAGAUGCCCCUGCAAUUCACUAGCAAGCAGGCUGCAGAGGACAUGGCACUGGCCGCAUACAAUCGAGCACUCAAGCUUUCUGGACCAGGUCUGCAAGUUAUGGGUGUUGGAUUUACUGGGUCACUGGCGAGCUCACGUCCAAAACAUGGUGACCACAGGUUUUACGUGUCAACAUGGACACAUAAUUGUCUCAGGACAUCACAUGUUACCUUGUCGAAGGGUUUACGGAGUAGGGAGGAAGAAGACAAGGUUUCAAGCUACUUUUUGCUUAAGGCAAUAGCAGAUACCUGCAGAGUUUCUGCAACCAUUCAGUCAGACAUUCACAAAUCUGAAAUUCCAGAAGAAAUCAUGGAACAAUUUGAUGAAGAUCAAGAACUCCAGCAAGUUAUUAAUGGGCAAGUUUGCAUGAAAGUAUAUAAUUUUGCUGCUCCGGCGGAAAGUAACUUGAACAGAAAAAUAAUUCUGCCUGGUUCGUUCAACCCCUUGCACGAUGGUCACCUUAGAUUGCUAGAAGCUGCAGUAAGCAUGUGUGAUGAUGGGCUUCCAUUCUUUGAGAUAUCAGCAAUUAAUGCUGAUAAACCUCCACUAUCUAUUGCAGAAAUUAAGAGGCGUGUUGAGCAAUUUAGAAAAGCAGGGAAGAAUGUGAUUAUAUCUAACCAGCCAUACUUCUAUAAGAAAGCAGAACUUUUCCCAGGAAGCGCUUUUAUAAUUGGUGCAGACACUGCAGCAAGGCUUGUUAACCCUAAGUACUAUGGAGGAGAUUACAACAGAAUGCUGGAGAUACUUCUCGAAUGUAAGAGCAUAGGGACUACUUUUCUUGUUGGUGGUCGAAAGAUUGAAGGAGAUUUCAAGGUCCUUGAGAACUUAGACAUUCCAGAAGAGCUGAGAGAAAUGUUCAUUUCUAUUCCGGAGGAAAAGUUUCGCAUAGAUAUUUCAUCUACUGAAAUAAGAAAGAGCCAAGGGCUCUGAUGUAUCAAGUGGUCGUAUUCUACAGCAGAUUUGGGAUGAUUCUCCACGACUAUAGAAGGAGGAAUUUCUUCAGAUCCUUCCCGCAUGCAAUGUCAUAAAGAGCAGACACGGUGUGUGCCAGUUUGUAAUGGAUGAUCUGUGCUAUUUGUCGGAAGGCAUGCUCAGAGAUGAUCACUUCUGGGAUCCUUGGAGGAGCUCUGCAACGCAAAACUGGGAAGUCUCGUACAUGUUCAAGAGGGGCGCAGCAUUCGACCAGAUGAAGACGACGAGCAUGGCCAGGAUGGCUAUCUGGCAAACGAGCGGUACAAUGCUGUACUCAACUACCUCGAACAGGUACCAUACCAACGUGGCCCCAGCGAGCAGGCCUGCAGACAAAUUCCUGUCCUUCCACAGCAAGAUGUCCGCGGCUGCGAGAGGCACAGAUAACAACGGGGGUCCAUGAGUAAACCGGGCCAUGACGCACGCAGAUGGCGUCGCCUAGCUAAUAGUUUCCCAGAAAGAACAAGAACAGCAGAGAGCAGCAGCGUACGUACCUCGCCCUCCACCGAGAAGCUGAUGAAUCGGCUUGCGCCUGCUAUGGCCGCCGCCGCCGCCCACCCCUCGUCCGUUGCCAUGAUCGCUUGGAAAAUUAGGGUGCAUGAUGUCUAUGUGAGUUCGGGGGCGUAUAAGCUGUUAUAUAUCUCGGUUCACCUGAUCGAUCGGUCUGUUGCAGAAAGCACUGUCUUUAUA